AUGAAGAAAAUUGAUGAAGAUGAAAAUGGAGACGACAUUCAAGCAAGUUUGUCAUGGUGGAGUCCUAAAUUUACGGAGGAAGAUAUAAACCUGGUACGUAAUACUCUUGAUAAAGCUAUACGGCCUUUUUAUGGUGAUGAUGAUGACCAGGAAAGUUUGAGGAAUCAGUUUGCUGAGUCUGAUGCUUUCAAACCAAAAGGAUGGCGUUAUGGAGAUGUCUUUUUCGAGUAUGGCAUCGACGAACUGUGUCGACUUUAUAAAGACUACCGUGCCAUUGGCAAGGAAAAAAAAAUUCAGUUUAAGAUAUUAGGAACAUACGUUUAUAAGCAAGAGAUCAUGUAUGCCGUUCUUGUUUGUAGUGAUGAAGAUAAGCAAUUUGCAGAUUACCCCGUUGCACACAGUAAUCUAAACUGGGUAUGGAGGCCUCAAGCAACCUCAUCAAAAAUCGUCCGCCUUGAUAGAUUUCACCAACGUCCCCAGUUCCGUAGAUGGGAAAAUGUAGCUUUCGCGUUUUACGUAUCCCAUGACGUAUUCAAUCUUCCUGAGCUAGAAGCACAUAGGGAAGAGCAAGCCCAAAGUGCACACUAUGCCCUUCUUACAGUUCCCAGCGCCAUAUUGGACAUGCAACCGCGCACACGUGAGAACGAGGCUGGGUUAACUCUUGUUAAAUCUCUAUGA